GUAUUAUUGCUUGGCUUGUACGGAUUCACCGGAAAGAGAAACACAACAUUCUACCACAAUGGCGACUGCUAUGCCAAUCAACCCGAAACCAUUCCUCAAUGGACUCACCGGCAAACCGGUAAUCAUAAAACUGAAAUGGGGCCAUGAGUACAAAGGGUUUCUGGUGUCUGUGGACGGUUACAUGAACAUGCAGCUAGCAAACACGGAAGAGUUUGUGGACGGGCAAAACACGGGACACCUUGGCGAGGUGCUGAUUCGGUGUAACAACGUGUUGUACAUACGGGGCAUAGACGACGAAGACGAAGAAGGUGAAAUGCGAGACUAACAUAGUGUUUUAGAAUAAACGGCUUUUUCUGUAUUUCGAUGUACAAAAAAUCACUUUCUGAUGUGAAUGUUUAAUUCGCUACCAUCAGCACCACCACCAGGGAAGAUCGUAGAUUCAUGUUGUUGCUACUAGGAGGCUAGUGCCUCUACCGGAUUCGUAUCGUAUUUCGGUAUUAAACUGUUUUCA